CGGUCCCUCCGUCUCUCCCGUGCCAUCCCAAGCACACGCAACACGCAUCCCCGUACCAACUGCUCCUCGCUCCGCUCCUCCUUGUUCCGCGGCGGCGGAACACAUCGAGAUGGCCAAGUACGCGGAGAUGCUGGACAUGGGCGUGCGCAUCGCGGCCAGGUUCCACUCCCACUGCCCGCAGACCGCGCGCAUGUACUACAAGCCGCCGCAGUCCGCCUCCACGUCGGGCGCCGCCGAGGCCGGCACGACGGACCGGAGGGCCGCCGGCUUCGACGGCGGCGAGGACGUGGCUGCUGCCUUCCGGCCCUUCGCCGCCUCGGGAGCUCUCGGCGCCGGCGUCCAGCCGCGGUUCGGCUUCGACACCGCGCAGGUCGUCAUCUACGAGGUCGUAUGAGGCUCCCAGCAACGAGGGCGGGCUCUUCUGUGGAGAGAUCUCUUGGAUGAGAAUAGUUUUGCGACCAUUCUUUAAUUAGUUUGUGUAUACGUGCUGGAAGAAUUGAUCAAAGAAAGAGCUUUUUCUUCUUA